AGGACGGUCACUUCACCCGGCCAUGACCCGGCUGAUGUUGGGCCGAACUCUGGAGCGCAUCUGUAAAGGCGUCAUGCUGCUCUGCCUGCUCCACUUUCUCAUCAUGAUGAUACUGUACUUCGACGUCUACUCGCAGCGCUUCGACCUCUUCAGCCGCUUCAACAACGGACGCAACGGAUCCAGGAAUAAUGGCAGUGGAGCAGCAGGGAGCGGACAUCAUUUUUACUAUUACAACCUCUCCAGGCCAAAUGCGACGUUAGCCAGCUACCUGGCUACGGGCGAGCAACUGGUGCCGAGUGUGCAGCCAGAGACCAAUCAGACGCCUUCUCCUAAGCCACUGCCGCCAUGCCCUGAGAACCCGCCCAGCCUCGUGGGGCGUUUGUUGAUCGAGUUCAGCUCCCAGAUGACGAUGGAACGAGUGCAGAAAGAAAACCCCAACGUGACAGAGGGAGGCCGCUACACCCCUCACGACUGUCGGCCUAGAUGGAAGGUGGCCAUUAUUAUCCCGUUCCGACACAGGGAAAACCACCUGAAAUACUGGCUCCACUACCUCCACCCCAUCCUCAGGCGGCAGAAGAUUGACUACGGCAUCUACAUCAUCAACCAGUUGGGUGAGGACACUUUCAACCGUGCCAAGCUGUUGAAUGUUGGCUACACGGAGGCUCUGAAGGAGGCAGAGUACGACUGCUUCAUCUUUAGUGACGUGGACCUGAUCCCAAUGGACGACCGCAACCUCUACCACUGCUACGACCAGCCGAGACACUUCGCCAUCGCCAUGGACAAGUUUGGCUUCAGGCUGCCCUACGCAGGCUACUUUGGAGGAGUUUCAGGCCUCAGUAAAAAACAGUUUCUGAAGAUCAACGGCUUCCCCAACGAGUACUGGGGCUGGGGGGGAGAGGACGACGACAUCUACAAUAGGAUCACUCUGAGUGGGAUGAAGGUGUCCAGGCCGGACAUUCGCAUCGGCCGCUACAGAAUGAUUAAACACGAGAGAGACAAACACAACGAGGCCAACCCACAGAGAUUCAAUAAAAUACAGAACACAAAGAACACGAUGAAGAAGGAUGGCAUCAGCUUUCUGACCUACAGACUGGUUCAGGUCAAGAGGCACCCGCUGUACACAAAUAUCUCUGUGGAGAUCGGCAAGCCACCCCCUCGGCCUGUUAAGGGUUAGAGAGAGACAGGGAGGAAGAUUAGGGGGGUGAUGCACAUUGACUGGAGGGAAAGGAUGGAAAGAGGAGAAUUUAAAUCAAGGACAUGAUGAAAAAACAUAUCCAGAGGAAUUGGAGGGGUGAAGGGUAAAGUAGCCACAAGCACGUGGCAGUUUCUUCUUUCUCUCUCUUUUCCCCCCUCUCUCUUUUUUAUUUUGAGAUUUCAGCUUGCCAUUUCUGUAUCGAGGACUCAGGCUCUUCCCAACUUUUUUUCAAGCAGCCAGUGGCUUCACACCUCCUACCUUUACCAAUCAGUGACUUCAGAAUUAGAGUGUGGACCAAAGCUUGUGUAUCAGUGGCUGAACGAAGGUUGGCGUCAAACUUGGAACUGAAGUUCUUGAGUCUUUUAAUUAACAAUCCUUUGUAAACUGGAGAGCAUCCAAUGGCAUAUCAUAUCACUGACAGGAAGUAUUAUUGAGUGCUUAAAAGAUUAGACAAUAAUGUCCUGUCGCACUUUGGAACGUUUUCACGGCAUAUUCUGGGAAUGAUGGACAGCGUCCAGAGGGGUGUCGGGGUGAUAUAAACCAAUGACUAGCCAUGAGAAACAUGGGCUGUUUACACGGAUACUAAGACAGUGUGAGAGGAUGAUGGAGACAAGAUGCGGUACCUGGUGGUUGGUAAAUUAAGUAUCAGGAAAAUAACAAACCCGGUGGAGGGCAGGCCUUACAAAGGCCAUCA